AGCAAAAUGAAAUUCCUGAUAGCUUUUGCCCUGGUGGCCGUGGCCAGCGCAGAUGUUUCUCAUCUGUUCUCGAACAGCAACAACCUGCAGGAGGAUGGAUACCACUAUGCGCCACCUAGCGCUCCGGUCGUCAUCGACGUGCCGUAUGUGCCCCACGAGUCUGCCCCACCAAGAGUAGUGGUCUACGAGGCCCCCAAGCCCAAGCCCACACCCCCUCGCCCCGUCUACACACCACCAGUGGUCAUCCCCUCCGAGCCCGCCGGUGUCCUCAAGGACGAUGGUUACCACUACGGACAGCCCUCCGUGAAAUUCGAGGUCUCUGCUCCUCCACCACCGAAGGUUGAGUACCUGCCUCCUCCGACCAAGAAGGUGGUUAUCGCCCCUCCCCCAGUGUAUGUGCCACCCCCAACCAAGAAGGUUGUCUACACCCCACCCCCACCACCACCAACCAAGAAGGUCGUCUACACACCACCCCCACCACCACCAACCAAGAAGGUCGUCUACACACCACCCCCACCACCACCAACCAAGAAGGUCGUCUACACACCACCCCCACCACCACCACCACCGAAGAAGGUCGUCUACACUCCACCCCCAACUGGCAUCCUGAAGGACGAUGGCUACCACUACGGCCAGCCCUCCGUGAAAUUCGAGGUCUCUGCUCCUCCAGCACCCAAGGUUGAGUACCUGCCUCCUCCGACCAAGAAGGUGGUUAUCGCCCCUCCCCCAGUGUACGUGCCACCACCAACCAAGAAGGUUAUCUACACCCCACCCCCACCACCACCAACCAAGAAGGUUGUCUACACCCCACCCCCACCACCACCAACCAAGAAGGUCGUUUACACACCACCCCCACCACCACCACCACCGAAGAAGGUCGUCUACACUCCACCCCCAACUGGCAUCCUGAAGGACGAUGGCUACCACUACGGCCAGCCCUCCGUGAAAUUCGAGGUCUCUGCUCCUCCAGCACCGAAGGUUGAGUACCUGCCACCCCCACCCACCAAAAAGGUGUACGUCGCUCCCCCAGUCUACGUGCCACCACCCACCAAGAAGGUCGUUGUGUACACCCCACCUCCACCACCACCGCCAGUGUACAUCCCUCCCCCAACCAAGAAGGUCGUCGUCUACACACCACCCCCACCACCACCACCGACCAAGAAGGUGUACGUGACCCCCAAGGUCGAGUACCUGCCCCCCGUCCAGAAGGGAUACAGCUACCCCAACGACCCCCAGCCCGCGUUCAACUUCUAGGCUCUCGAAGCUCGUUGUAAAUACACAGAUUAAGUAUUAGCCAUAUUUUUGAACGAAUUGUGAAUGAGUGGCUUGGCCUUUCCCUGUCGCAGGAAAGCCAAGUCCACUUGAUAUAACCGUG